AUGCAAGGACGCAAACUUCUACCUGAGCGACAACAUUGUACUCGUAGCAUAUCUAGCCGUGUGUGCAUAUCUAGCUUACGUGGAGACCUAUAUGACCAAAGCAAAUUGCAUACGAAUAUACAAACAAGGUAUGAAUGGAUACAGUACAUAUUAACUGGAAAUGAGAAGAAAUGUCGAAGACAGUUUAGAAUGUCAAGCCAUGUGUUUGGACAAUUGUGUAAUACACUGCGCCAGUAUGGAUAUAACGGUAUCAGAAGAGUUUGUUUGGAAGAGUCUCUGGCAAUGACAUUGGUGGUACUUGGUCAUGCUGAGGGUAACAAAAUGGUGCAAGAUAGAUUUCAGCACUCGGGUGAGACAGUGCAUCGACACGUGGCUACGGUAGUUACAUUGUUAGCCAACGUUAUGGCAGCGGACAUUAUCAAGCUUGCUGAUCGAAAGUAUUAUCUGGUUGAUUCAGAGUACCCUAUGAGGAAAGGGUUCCUUACACCAUUUAAUUAUCUCCAUUCAUCAUUCCGUUCGGUCAUAGAACGAACUUUUGGAGUUUGGAAGAGUAAAUGGAAAAUUUUGAGAAAUAUGUCAGCCUUUUGUAUACGCACUCAAGGUCGCAUCAUUGUUGCUACAAUGGUUAUUCGCAAUUUCGUUAGAGCACAUGAGAUAAAUAAUGACGUUGAACGUUCCAGAUCUACAGGGGGCACAUCUGGACAUAGUGAGAGAGGUCAUUACAAUGGCACAUGCAAUCUCAAUGUUGGACGAACCUGA